AUGGAUCUGUUACCAACCAUUUAUACCCAUAGAUUAAUGUAUAGAAAUAAUCAUCAUCAUCAUAAAAACACUAUUGAAGAUUCAAAUGAGAAUGAUGAAGAGAAUGGAUUAAUAAAAAAAUAUCAUUCUAUUGAAUAUGAUGAAUUGCCUCAACAUCUUCAUCAUCAACUUCAUCAUCAUCAGCAUCAUCAUCUUCAUCAUGAGCAUCAAUAUCCACAUCAGAUAAUUCAUUCACAACCAAAAUUAUUUCGUCAAUUAUCUGCUAUACCUAAUCCAAUUUAUCAUUAUUUACAUUUAUUUUAUAUAAAUCGGGUUGAAACAAGACGUAAUACAAUAGCGAAUACAUUACAUGAAAUUGUACAAAUAGCUCAAGAGAUUUUACAUGAAGUUGAAUUACAAGAACCACGUUUUGUUAGUACAUUAAAAGUGAUUCAUACAAAUAAUAUAGAAAAGAAACAAGACGAUAAUGAUGAUGAUAAUAAUAAUAAUACUUCACCGGAUACUACUUCGAAUGUAAUCAAUAGCCUGAAUACAACGAAUACUACUACUAGUACUAGUAGUAGUAGUAAUAGUAGUAGUACUACUACUACUACUAGUGUUACAACGAAUCCCAUGAAUAGUAGUAAUAGUAAUAAUAAUUCACAUAAUGGAGUUUAUUAUGAUGGUUUACGUGUUCUAUCAUCAAAUCAUUUUGAGAUAACACUUUAUUUAAAUCAAAUGGGUGUAUUUAAUUUUAUGGAUGAUGGUAGUAUACCUGGUGGUGCUGUCUUAAAAUUAUCCGAUGGUCGUAAACGUUCAAUGUCAUUAUGGGUUGAAUUUAUUACAGCAUCGGGAUAUUUAUCAGCUAGAAAAAUACGUGCAAGAUUUCAUAGUUUAAUUGGACAAGCAAUACAAAAAUCAGCCUAUCGUCAUAUUGUACGUAUGUUAGGGCAUACAACUGAAGUGAAAUUAUGUAUACAUGAUAAGUAUAUAUUACAAAUUACUCCAGCAUUUCGUUGUAAUGGUUUAUGGCCUAGAUCAGCUAGUCAUUGGCCUAUAACUAGCCAUAAUCCUAUUCAUAAUGAAUUGAAUAUAGAAUUAAUAAAUACUACUACUACUCCUUCUAAUAGAAUUAAAUGGCCAUCAAAUCAAUUAAUUAAUGAAGUGAAAUAUGAAGGAUUUUGUUUAUUAAGUCAAGAAUCCGUAUAUACAAAAGAUAAACAAGCAUCCGCUGAAGGAGAUGCAUGGUUAUUAGAUUUUUAUCAUGCCGAAGAACGUUUAUUAUUAAAUCAUACAAUACGUAGACAAUGUUUUAGUAUAUUAAAAACAUUAGCUGAUCGACAUUUAACUGGUGUUAAUAAUAAGGAGAUCAAUUUUAAACAUCCUAAAUCAACUUCAUCAACUGCAUCAACAUCGUCGUCAACAAUGAACAUGAUGAAUUCAGUCAUUCAAGAAUAUGAUAUUAAAACACUUGUUUUACAUGAAUGUGAAAAACAUCCAAAUGAUGAUGAUUGGACACAAUAUACAUUAGGAGAUCGUAUUAAUAGUAUAUUAUUACAAUUAAUAUCAUGUUUACAACAUCGUCGAUGUCCACAUUAUUUUUUACCAAAUUUAGAUAUAUUUCGAGGAUAUUCUACAUUAGGAAUGGAUAUUACAGCAAAACAAGCAUGGAGAUUAUUAAGAGAAUUAUUAACAUGUCCACAAGCACUUGAAUAUCUUUAA